AUGUCGGGAAUCGAAGUCGCAGGCCUGGUCUUUGGCGUAGUGCCAGUCGUUGUUGAAAUUCUCAAGUCCUACAGCACCGCCAGGAGCAAACUGACGACUUUCUCACGACACGCAGAAGUUGCAUCCGACAUCCAGCUGAAGUUCCGAGUAGCAGCAGCGAAUUUCAAAAAUGAUUGCCGCAUGCUACUGCAGGCAGCUAUGGCCGACCCCAGCGAGAUAUCUGAGAUGAUGGAGGAUCCGGCGCACAAGAACUGGCAAGAGCAAGGAAAGGACAUUGAGCAGCGACUACGGAGCCUGAUGCAACAGGAUUACGAGCUAUGUCAGGAAAUUGUGACGCGACUCCACGAUAUCCUCCGCGAAACACGAGACAGCCUAAGCAAACUUGAAGACGGUCUGGGCAACACAAAACAACCACAACACGAGUUCAGGAAGAAAGUCUGGCAUGCUUUCAACGCGACUCGCAAAGAGAAUGAAUACAUCCGACAGUUGGAGUCCUUGGACAAAUGGAACAAAUCACUGAGCAAGUUGCGCAAACAGAGGUGCAAGAUGCAGAAGCGCCGCAAUGUCCCAUCGGCUUGUAUCAUUCGCAAGGCUGUGCCAAAGAGCUAUCAGCAGAUCCGCAUCGCCUCGCAACAACUAGGAAAGUCGAUCCACAAGUCAUGGUCUUGCACGAACACAUCUCAUAGUGGACACCAGGCCAAGCUGUCGCUCGAUGCCAAAAGCGGCCACGACAGCGUACAGCUUGAUGUUGUCGUUGCAUGCCAACCAAAACAAGGUCUCAUAGUCCAAAAGCCAUUCACCGACAUGCCAAUAUGGCUACAAACUCGAUCUAUUACAUCACUUACACCAUACAAAGUGCCAACGUCGCCUCAGCCACCACUGGCGAGCGCAUUGUGUCAUGGGAUAGGGGAAACAGUGCCAGUUGCAACCAAGACGAAGUCAGAAAAAGCCAAAUCAAAAAAGAGAGUCCGAAUUGAUGAUCCUAAAGACAAUGUCAGGUGUGUUCGAACAACCAUAACAAGCAACAUACAAACGACACAGGCCCAAUCUUUUGUCAUGCUGGACUUGAAGACAACAGAAAGCGUUUGCUGUCACGUAACAAGAAUGCACUCGUCUGCAUCGGCAUGUCAAGAUGGCUGCGUGAGAUUUCUUGAAGUGGCAAAGAGUCAACCAGUAAUGCGAUUUAUGUUCUACUAUGCCAGCAAACUCGCCACCCACGAUAUAUCGUCUUUCGCCAGGCGGAAAGGGGCUUUGCCUAUCAAGAGCCUCGUUCAGCGCUUUCGUAUGCUGCAACAGCUUACGCUUGCGCACAAGCUAACCGAGGCAGUCCUGCAGUACCAUUCAACCUCCUGGCUGCCGCAAGCAUGGACUCUUCAAGACGUGGCAUAUUUCACGGAUCCGUCUCGCGCAGAUGUCAACAACAUUUCCGACGCACUAGAUAGCUUGCACCUGAGCAACCGCUUCCCAGAUGACUCCUCCCUCACCACCGAGCCAAAGCAUAACGCGCUUGAUCUGAAGCAUACGUUUGGCGUUCGCAACCUCACUCUAGCUAAACUCGGUGUCGCCCUGCUGGAAAUCUGUGCUCAACGAGAAAUUACAGGACCCCAACUGAACAGCACACCCAGCGAUAUUAUCGCAGCGAGAAAGCUGCUGGACGAGAAACACCACUCUAUCCAAACUCUAGGCCCCAAAUAUUUGGAAGUUGUGCGCAAAUGCAUUCACUGCGACUUUUCUUGUGAUGACGAUCUUCAUGGUGACGCACUGCAGAGUGCAGUAUACACUGAGGUUGUAUGUGCAUUGCAGGAGAUGAAGAGCAGAUGGCAAGCGUUCUUUGGCGCAUGA